AUGGCUGGAGACGGCAUUGCUCCUGAGCCUGAGCCUGAGCAUGAGAAGGAGGGUUUUCAGGCCUUCUUCGAGUGCUGGCUUUCUGAACAAAACCAAGACCUCGAGGACCUCGUCGUUGCCUCCAAAAGGCACCAAAAUUGUGAUGAUGAUCAGGUGUUGUUAAGUUCAUUGGUAGAGGGAGUGAUGAAACAUUAUGAAUGUUACUACAAUGCAAAGUCGCAGUGGGCCAAGCAAGACGCACUGGAAAUGUUGUCUCCGCCAUGGACGAGCUCAUUGGAAGAUGCAUUCCUUUGGUUAGGUGGCUGGCGACCAAGCAUGGCUUUUCAUUUGCUCUACUCAAAGUCUGGGAUGCAGCUAGAGGCUUGUUUUGCUGAGUUGAUGCGAGGGUCGAGCUUGAGCACCGGUGACUUGGGUGAUCUCUCACAGUGCCAGCUCACCAUGAUGGACAAGUUGCAAAGGAGGACUAUCCAGGAGGAGAAGCACCUAUCGGAAAAGAUGGCCAAACUUCAGGAGACUAUGGCUGACACUACAAUGGUUGAGCUGUCGCAUGUGGUCUCCGAGAUGAUGAGGAACAAUAAUGGCCAUGAAGAAGGAAUUGAUGAUCAUGAGAACCGAGUUGAGUCCACUCUAGAUUCCAAGGAGGAAGGUCUGGAGAAGAUUUUGCACAAGGCUGAUGACUUGAGAUUGAGAACACUUAAUAACAUCACACAAAUUCUGAGUCCAAUCCAGGCCGUUCAUUUCUUGAUUGCUGCUGCAGAGUUGCACUUGAGGCUUCAUGACUGGGGCAAAAUGAAAGACGCCUCAAGAUACUAAUGUCAUUGCCACUGGUAAGUAGUAAGAGAGUUCGAUACUACUUUAAUUAUAUAUGAGCUUGGAGAUGAGGGCCUGGAAGGUUUUCAUGCUCUCUGUGAUAUGUAAUUUUUUUUUUUCCUCUUCAAGAACUGGUUUUUGUUUCCAGAUAUGUGGAACUUUGAAUUUUCAGCUAGAUGAUCGGAACCUCGGAUGCUGUUUUUCUAGUAUAGAACUUUUCUCGGUUGUUCUCUGAUUUAGUGUGUUAGGAUCGUAUUUUGUCCCAUUACUGUUAAAAUGUAUCCUUUCAGGCAAAUGUUUCUAUAUAUUAUUAUAUAUUUGUGUCCAAUUUAC